AUGGCUUCGAUGUUUAGACCACCAGAAUCCAAGAGAAGUCACCAAAAGACACCAAAAUUAACGCUCCCGGUAACUUUAGUUCAAAAUGCCAAACCCGCCAAUGAUGGGCAACAUCUUAACCGAUCACCGUACUCGUCGGUGAAUGAAAGCCCAUGUUCAAACAAUAGUACCUCAGCAACAUCAGCUACAUCAGCUACAUCAUCUUUGGCUUCAAAUUCUACUUUAUUGUACAACAGAUCAUCUGCAUCUACAAAAACUACCGCAACAAUGAAAAACAGACCAGUACCACCGCCAUUACCACCUUUAGUAUUGGCGCAAACAGAAGAUACCAGGCAAUAUAAAAUAGCCGAUGAAAUCCAUCUUUCUGAAGGGUUCUCGAAUUUUCACGUUGACUCAACUCACAAAGAGUCACCGAGUGAUUUUUCUUUCAGCAAGUUAGACAAAAUAGAUACUUCUUUUAUUAAGAAAGAAAUUAGCGCACCAGGCAACGAUGAUUCCUAUCCUUCGGCACUUCUUUCGGUGUACGACUUAAGCAGUAGUGGAGGAAAUGCCACCCCUAUAAGCGCUACCAGUAUGGUUUCUUGUUCGGCCUUAAUGCAAGGAAAAGAUAUAGAUCAAUUAGAGGAAGAAGCUUGGAAGUUUGGGCAUCUUAAGAACGAGAUCAUGACAUUGGGAAUCCUAGGCGAAGGCGCCGGAGGAUCUGUAGCUAAGUGUCGAUUGAAAAACGGAAAAAAAAUAUUUGCAUUAAAGACAAUUAAUACAAUGAAUACUGAUCCAGAGUACCAAAAGCAAAUAUAUAGAGAAUUACAAUUUAACAAGAGUUUUGCGUCUAGUUAUAUUGUACAGUACUAUGGUAUGUUUACUGAUGAACAAAGUUCCUCCAUAUACAUCGCUAUGGAAUAUAUGGGAGGAAGAUCGCUGGAGGCAACGUAUAAAAACUUGUUGAGGCGAGGUGGUAGGAUCAGCGAGAAGGUGAUAGGCAAGAUAGCAGAAUCUGUAUUGAGGGGAUUAUCGUACUUACAUGAAAGAAAAGUCAUUCACAGGGAUAUUAAGCCGCAAAAUAUUCUUCUUAAUGAUAAGGGAGAGAUUAAAUUAUGUGAUUUCGGUGUCAGUGGAGAGGCUGUUAACUCCUUAGCGGUGACCUUUACCGGAACCUCAUUUUAUAUGGCCCCGGAACGAAUACAGGGACAGCCAUAUAGUGUAACAUGCGAUGUAUGGUCCCUAGGCUUAACACUACUAGAGGUUGCUGAAGGGAGGUUUCCAUUUGAAUCUGACAAGAUAACGCAAAACGUCGCGCCAAUAGAAUUAUUGACUAUGAUCCUGACCUUUUCUCCUCACUUAAAGGACGAACCUGAGUUGAACAUUAUAUGGAGCACGACAUUCAAAUCUUUUAUCGAAUACUGUUUAAAGAAAGAUGCAAGAGAGAGGCCUUCCCCACGGCAAAUGCUAAAGCACCCGUGGAUUAUAGGACAAAUAAAAAAGAAAGUCAACAUGGAACGAUUCGUGAAAAAAUGCUGGGAAGAUGAACAAGACAACCAGUAG